AUGCAAGCGUCGGGGCCUUCUCCCGAGGCGCAAGCUGAUGCUCUCUUGCUACAUUUUCUUUCGCCUCUAUCUGAUAGCGACACACCUUCUUGGUCAGAUGCGUUAUCUCAGGCCGUAAAAGAGCGACGUGGCCUGGCUGUUGGCGGUCAACUACUUGUGGACCGCUUGCUUCAAGAAGCGGGCGUAUCUUCUUCUCUGUUCCCUCCUUCAUCACCAUCAGACGCAUUUGUGCUUAUGGUGGAAGUCUUUACAUCCGCAGCUCCGGAUCUCUUGAAGAGUGAGCUUAUGUAUUAUCUAGGUCUGGAACACAAUCACAUCCAGGCAACACAGCAUGCUUCUGCUAUGGCUGAAUACCUGCACCUACCUGCAUCAAAUUGCACAGAAGUGGAAUCGUAUUGGGCUAUUGAUCAUGGCUUUUUCGAUCGAGCCGUGGCCGGCGGACGCACGUCCAAAUUCUCAUCCAUCAUGGCAGAAUCCCUGUCUUCCUCACCAGCACUCUUGCUAGAGUUCUAUGAAGUACGCGGCGCCUUACCUUCUAUCGAAUCUUCGAAUGAUGCUGCCUCUUUUCAUGAACUAUCUAUGAUUGUGGCAGCACUGGCACGUGUAGAAGGACUCGUAUCUGCUUGGCUGAUGUGUCGAACUAUUUUGGCAGCGCAGCCUACUGAUUAUGCUCCCUCGGUAAGGUUGCAUCUGUUCGGCACACUGCUCCGCUUGUGCUUCUCACCACCAGAUGCAACUUUGAUUCGCGACUUGUUAAACUUACCCCUGAAGACUGAUGAAGAAGCCUUCAUCGAAUCAUUUGCUAUUGAUUCACUGGACCAGUCACAUGGCGCUUUGGCCAUGGACACGUUGCUCAUAAAAUGUGUGAAUCAAGGAAGGUAUAUUGAUGCCAUCCACUUGGAUCAUCGAGCAUCUCGUCAUGAGCGCACACUAGCACUUUCUGGCCAAGAGAAUGAGUUUUACUUGCGUGCAAAGCAGCGUCGGAGUGCAUUUAUGGAUGGUGUUUGGGCCGUGAUUCCUGUUAUUCAACGUGACGCUUUGCAUGCACAAGAUGUCAAGGAGGAUAUUUCAAGUGAAGCCACUCAUACAAACGAUGUGAAUAUGGAUAUUGCUUCUUCGCCACCACUACGACCACAUACACCAAUGAGUGCUUCACUUAAUUCCAAAGAUAUGCAACGCACUCAUCCGUUCUCUCCAGAAGUCAAUCUGUUACGUGCCUCGAUCCGUGUACCUACGGCUUCUAGCUCUGAAACACGAAGUGCCUCUCCGGCCCAAAAGUUGACCGAUCAGUCAGCGGAAUUGCGCAGUAGCAGUCCUUUCUCAGGUUGGAAACAACCAGGCGUUCUACGUCAAACGCAUGUGUCUCCGAAACCUGCAUGGAGCCUUCCAGUACCUCGCAUCAUGCGGACGUCCAAAUCUUAUGACUUGAACGUUGAUAUACCGGUCAGCACCAUCGAUUCCAACGUGCAAGACAAUGCGAAGUCAGAUGAUGCUGAUACCGAUAUACUCAAGGAUACACCUGUUUUGGAGAGCAACGCCACCGAAGAGAAUGAUGCCGUACUCGAUUCUCCACGAGAAGUUCCAGUUCGUCGCCGCACUGGACAGCGUCGCUCAGCUCGGCAAGCCACUAAAGCUAUUCGUAAAGUCAUGAAACCAAGCGAUGUCAAACCAGAGCCUACGAUCCCUGGUGGAUUUCCUAUGGAGGAGGAAGAAGCAACGGUUAAUCCCUCCCCUCGUCGGAGUACACGUCGGUCGCGAAUGAACGUGGCUUCGAAGACAGUGAAUGAAAUGAGCACGUCUUUAUCCAUGCAUCCUGAUACACCAUCCAAAUCACCCAGCACAACUUCCCGAAUUCCUCGAUCAUCCACUACAGCAGAUAUAACAAUGUACCCACAAAACUCACUGGCACGUCUAGAGGCCUUAUCGGAUGUGCAGCCCAUUGCCCGCCGGACGCGAGCUCAGGUUGCUGAACUCGAAUCACAAGGGUCUCAAUCAAGCACGGAUGCUAUAUCAGAUACUGAGGCCGAAAGCAAUGUUCUAUCUACUCCUUCGCGACGUAGAACGCGGAGUGAACGCGCAUCAGCAGCUGCUCUAUCUUCGCCUCAACGGGUGACCCGAUCGGCUCGACGGCUUCGUGAUGGAAGCGCAGGAACACCUAGAACGCCUGGAAGAUCCUCUCGGAGGCACUGA